CACUUGCCAAAAACACACGCAUAACACACAUACGUUACUUUUCUGCUCAUGACUGCAUACGGGAUUGGAGGAUGUCGUCUGAAUGCACACGACGAUGGAGAUUCAGGUUGCUCGCUCUCUAUUCCCUUCAAGACCUCGGUUCGCUCCGUCUCGCCUGCCUUGACGCGUUCCCCAGCCUCCUCUCCAACCUUGUCUGCAGCCACAACAAUGAGUGGGAUGACAAACAAGAAUGGCAUGUCACGUAGCAUGUCGAGUUUGAGAGUGGGGAGCCGCCAACGGACAUGGACCGAUGGACCCGUCAAAAUUCCAUCUCCCAGUCCAUCUCUGCCCGACGAUACAUCUCUCACGCCCACAGCCCUCAUCCAAACCCUCAAGUCCCUCUAUUCCUCCUCCCCAACCAAUCAAUCCACAGCGCUCGUUCACUACGACCCUCAAACAACAUUCACAACGCCCCUCUUGCACAUUUCUGGGACUAAAAAUCUCGCGCAAGUAUUUAGUCUCUUGCCGACGCUAUGUACCUGUGUGGAUUUGGACGUUCACGGUGUUUAUGAGGGGGUUGUGAAUGGUGUGCCUAUUGUUCUCUUUCAUACAACCACAACGCUUCACCUCAAACCCGCCCUCUUACCUCCCCUCAGAUUCCCAUCGACUCAUAAACUCGCAUACACGACAAGCAUCCAAUCCCACACACACGAUUUCUCAAUCAUUGAUCUCAUGACUGGGAUUCCCAUCCUUGGAUCCGUGUAUGAGUAUGUACGGCCUAUUGUGGGGUCAGUGGCAUGUCGGGUUGUGAAGAGAGUGUUGGGGACAGGUGAGCGGACUGCGACUGUCUUCGAUGUGCAGGUUGUGGAAAAAAAGUGGUGGAGGUUGUGGUAGAACCGUUUACAGUUUAUUGCAUGGAUAUCUCUAUCACAUACAUGUUAUCGCAUACAUUACAAAUGUACAGUUGAAAAAUAAACUGUUUAUCGCCCA